CCUCAGCUUGUUGACAGGAAAAAGACGGGGAUUUGGCUUCRAGUCCAAAACAGGUAGGCGAUGCAGGGCCGAUGCAAGGUCGAGCAGAUUAACAGGAUUAUGAGCAGCAGUAUUUGAAGAAGUGAAGGAGUGACAGAUGUUCAGAGAGGGACAGAAGAGGCAGCACUUUCAGCUGAGUUCAAAGCAACACCGGAGCUCCACAGGUGUCUACGCUGCGCCAGGUGGAGGAUGCGGCUGGUUGUCAUGGCAGCGCUGCUGGUGCUGGCGGAGGCGGAGCAGGGCUGCAGCUUAGUCUGUCAUCUGAAGAACGUCAGCAUCCCCGUGGAGGGCUGCGGCCCCGUCAAGUUCAUCCACACCACCAUAUGUGAAGGACUGUGCUACCAAGAGGAUCCCAUAUACGACAGCCAUGUCAACCUGCCUGAACAGCACGUCUGCAACGGGGACUGGUCCUACGYGGUGACCCAUAUUGACGGGUGUCCGAUGGGCAUCACCUACCCGGUGGCCCGGAGCUGUCACUGUAGCACCUGCAACCCAGAAACCACAGAGUGCUCACGCUUGCAUGCAGACGUUUGUUCAUCCAGCCUCUACUGAUUAGCUUUGGGUCACUUGGCACUAAAAUAAAAUUA